UGUGUCAAUUUGUGUGAUGGUGGGAUGUGUAUCGUUUCUUUUUUUGUAACUUAUAAACAUUACAAUAAAAAACCAAGAUAAUUAAAGUAAAGUAACUAAUAUAGAAAAUUUUUUAAUUCAUACUAAUGGCAGGAACAUAUUAUUUUGUUAUUGUAGGUCAUUCCGAUAAUCCGAUAUUUGAAAUGGAUUUCAUACCCAUUACCAAAGAAGUGAAGAAAGAAGACAACAGGCAUCUCAAUCAAUUCAUAGCGCAUGCAGCGCUCGAUCUGGUGGAUGAGCACAUGUGGAAAGUUACCAACACAUAUCUCAAGUCAGUGGAUAAGUUCAACCAGUGGUUUGUGUCUGCUUUUGUGACAGCCAGCCAGAUGAGGUUUGUGAUGGUGCAUGAUGCUCGUAAUGAAGAUGGUAUCAAAAACUUUUUCAAUGAUGUGUAUGAAGCAUACAUCAAGCUUAUGUUAAAUCCCUUCUACAAAGAAGACACACCAAUAACAUUCCCCGCAUUUGAGAAAAAAGUACAAUUUCUCGGAAAGAAAUUUUUAACAUAAUAACUAAGAUCUAGCUUUGAAUUAAUUAUGUAAAUAUGUAAAUCAAUGUAUGUGAAAGAAGUAUAUAAGGUAAUUUUCAUUGUUAGUUUCAACCGGAAUAGAGUAUCAAGGAACUAGAAAUGUAAGUAUAUUUUUCAAUAGGUAAAUAUUAGGACACAAGUGCUACUAGAAUUAUGAUGAGCUUGUGUUCAAUAAACUGUGUUAAAUUUGCUACUGAUUAAUUUAAAUUAUAACAUUUAUAAGAUAUAAUUUGUAAGUAAUGUAAAUAAAGAUUAUUUUAUUGUUUA